GCGUGCUCAUGUUUGAGAUGCUGACGGGAACGCUACCGUUUCAAGGCAAAGACCGGAAAGAGACGAUGACCAUGAUCCUCAAGGCCAAGUUGGGAAUGCCACAGUUUUUGAGUUCAGAAGCUCAAAGUCUCCUCAGGAACCUUUUCAAACGCAACCCUGGCAACAGAUUAGGAGCGGGACCAGACGGGGUGGAGGAGAUCAAGAGGCAUCAGUUCUUCAGCACCAUCGACUGGAACAAACUCUUCCGCAGAGAGAUCCCCCCUCCCUUCAAACCGGCUUCAGGACGACCUGACGACACUUUCUAUUUUGAUCCAGAGUUCACAGCUAAAACCCCCAGAGACUCUCCGGGGGUUCCUCCCAGUGCAAACGCCCAUCAGCUGUUCAGGGGAUUCAGUUUUGUGGCCAUAACCGAAGAGGACACACAACCACUGCCCAGUACCAUUGCACAGCAGCUGCACAGAAGCACGUCCCAGUUCUCCGACGCCUACGAGAUCAAAGAGGACAUCGGAGUCGGGUCGUACUCCAUCUGCAAGCGCUGCGUACACAAAGGAACCGGCAUGGAGUACGCCGUCAAGAUCAUCAACAAGGCCAAGAGGGACCCGACGGAGGAGGUGGAGAUCCUGCUGAGAUACGGACAGCAUCCCAACAUCAUCACCCUCAAAGACGUGUAUGACGACGGCCGGUCGGUGUUUUUGGUGAUGGAGCUGAUGAAAGGAGGCGAGCUGCUGGAUAAAAUCCUCCGACAGAAGUUCUUCUCAGAGAGAGAAGCCAGCGCCGUUCUCUACACCAUCACCAAGACGCUGGAGUACCUGCAUGUGCAGGGGGUGGUGCACAGAGACCUGAAGCCCAGUAACAUCCUCUACAUGGACGAGAGCGGGAACGCCGAGUCCAUCAGGAUCUGCGACUUUGGUUUCGCCAAACAGCUGCGAGCAGAGAACGGGCUGCUCAUGACGCCGUGCUACACCGCCAACUUCGUCGCGCCCGAGGUGUUGAAGAAGCAGGGGUACGAUGCAGCCUGCGACAUCUGGAGUCUGGGAGUCCUGCUCUACACCAUGCUAACGGGUUUCACUCCCUUCGCUAACGGCCCCGAAGACACGCCCGAGGAGAUUUUGGCUCGCAUUGGCAGCGGCAAGUUCUCGCUCACUGGAGGAUACUGGAACUCUGUCUCUGCUGAGGCUAAGGACCUGGUGUCCAAGAUGCUGCACGUGGACCCUCACCGGCGGCUGACGGCAGGUCAGGUCCUCCGACACCCCUGGGUGACGCACCGAGACCAGCUGCCCAAAUACACCCUCAACAGGCAGGACGCACCGCACCUCGUCAAGGGUGCGAUGGCCGCCACCUACCUGGCGCUCAGCAGGAACGUCCCCCCGGUCCUGGAGCCGGUGGGCUGCUCCACUCUGGCCCAGCGGCGGGGGCUGAAGAAGAUCACCUCCACCGCUCUGUGACCUUUAAAACCUCCCUCGCCUCCUUUAACUCUGACCUCGAUCUGACCUCCGCCGGACCCUCCUCCUCCUCUUCCCCCUCUUCUCUCUGUCCGGUCCGGGGGGGACAGGCUACUGACGGACCCAGGAAUUGCUAACGCCAAAUAGGAAGACCGAGACCACCGCCCCCGCUGACAUCCCUGCCCUCUGUCCCGCACCUUAACGGACUCUUCUCGGCUUUAGCGCCACUCAUCAACACCUGGACCGCGCCGGACUGAAAACCGGUUCCUGUCUUUUUCUUCGGACAAUCAGCGCCGCCUCGAAGACCCGGACCCCGAGCACGCAUCGGGGGGGG